AUGAAUUGGGUUACGUGGUCGGUCGUACCGUUCCUUGUCUUCGGGCUUUGGCUUUACACCUCACAGCUAACGAGCUCCUUUCCUAUGCUCAAAGGGAAGCGUAUUGUGCUGCUCAUUGCUCAUCCUGAUGAUGAGGCUAUGUUCUUUGCCCCCACACUGCUUGCAUUGACGCGUCCAGAGCUUGGGAAUCAUGUCAAGAUCUUGUGCUUGAGCAGCGGCGAUGCCGACGGGUUGGGCGAAACUCGCAAAAAGGAGCUCGUCAAGAGCGGCAUACAGCUUGGACUACGUAGUUCUGAUGAUAUCAUGGUUAUCGAAGACAAAAACUUCCCGGACUCGAUGACCGUGACAUGGCACCCACGCUUGAUCUCGAAUUUACUCACCCCAAUGUUUGCCCCUAAGAUGAGCACGAUAUCGGCCAAACAGGCACCGCAGACAACGAUCGACGUAAUUAUAACAUUCGACGCGGACGGCGUGUCAUCGCAUCCGAACCACAAAUCACUAUAUGUUGGUGCUCACGCGUUCUUGAAAGCGAUCAUGCAUAGACAUGGUGGAUGGGAAUGUCCAAUCAAACUAUACACACUAGUCACUACCAAUGUCGCUCGCAAAUACUUGAGUUUGCUAGACGCACCCGCAACACUGAUCGGUGCAAUGAUACGACGCAAAGAGCUCGGAGAUUACCCCACCCCCUUGAUGUUUGCCAGCUCACCGGUCGGUUACAGGACUGCCCAGAAGGCAAUGACGACCGCACACGUGAGCCAGAUGCGCUGGUUCCGAUGGGGAUGGAUUAGCUUGUCACGAUAUAUGAUCAUUAACGAUCUCAAGAAGGAAAAGACCCUUUGA